UAUGUUCUCAGUCUACUUCUUUUUACUCUACAUCUCUUCUUACUUGGUUUUAACUUCCUGUUCCAGUUUCAAUUUGCCAUUGUUAACCUAUUUACAGUUGAUGGGUAGUUAAUAAUCUUGAGUUUUGAUAUAAAAAUGUAUGCCAAGAUUCUGUUUUACGGGAAUUCCAGGCUUGUGUACGAGUACUUUAUUUAUUUAUUUUUGUUUUGUUUUGGUUUGUCGAUAGAAUAGGUUAAAAAUGGAGAGGAGAAGGUAUGAAGAUGGAGCUGCUGUUAAUAUGUAUGGAGAAGGGAUUCUUGAUGGUAAUUCUUCAUUGAAGAAAUCCCAGGAGAAUUUUCCAGAGAAGCCUUCUUCAAGAGCAAGAGAGCUUCUUAUGGCAAGAAGGAACAUAAGUCGAUAUAAAGAGAGUAGAAGAGCUGCAGAAUCAGAAAAGGUCAAAGCAGAAUCUCAACUCUUCAGUGCAAGGAAAACAGUUAAGGAUCUGGCUUCAAUGAUUGAGGAAUCAAAUUUCAAGGCUAAGGCAAGGAUGAGAGAUAUUGAAUCAUUAAGGAAGAAUAGAAACCUUGAACAGAAGGCAUUGGCUGUCAGGAGUAUUGGAAGUUAUGGGUAUGCAGAAGUGAUGAGAGAAUUGGAGUUGGUGAAACAAGAAUUGAGUAAACUUAAGCUUGAUAUGGCUUUUCUUAUGGGGGAGAAAGCAAGAUCAGAGAAGGAAUCUGAAGACUCAAGCUUUAGACUGUGGUCUAAUGCUAGCUCUGUUGAAGCACUAAGGCAACAAAUUGAGGCAGCCAAUGAGGAACAUGUGCUAGUUGAAUUGGCCAGGAUUGAGGCUUUGAAAGAAGUUGCAGAAAUUGAAGCUCAAAGAGAAAAAGAAGGGGGUGAAUUCUCGUUUAGUAUGGAGCAAACAAAGAAGAAAAUGAAGGACAUAAUUGAAGAGAUUGAUAACUCCAAAGGGUUGGAACAAAAACUGGCUCUCACUUUGUCUGAUAUCAAUCUCUUACAAGAUGAGCUAAAGCAAGUUAAAGAACUAGACAAAAUGGUUCAGAGGGGUGAUGGCUCGAAGCAACCAGAUCACAAUUUUCAAACUGUUGAGGAAGUGGAACCUUCAUUUUCCUUGGAGUCAAUCACAAAAGAGUUGAAGGCAGCUAAGAAAGAAUUGGCUUCAAUUAGAAAAGAAGGUUUCCAGUAUAUGUCCUCCAUGGAUAUCAUAAGAAAUGAGCUGAAACAUGUAACAGAAGAUAAGGCACGGUUGAAGAAAACAGAAGAAAAGGCAGAUUUGAAAGUUCAAAGUCUCAAUUCAAAGAUGCUCAGAGCCAAAUCCAAGUUGGAAGCAGUAACUGCAGCUGAAGAAAAGGCUAAAUCAAUUGCGACCAAUCUUUCCCUCACCCUUCAACAGUUAAGGACAGAAGCUGAGGCAUCAAAGAAAGAGAAAGUGCUUAUUACUGAAGACACUGCAACUAUUAAGGCAGCAAUCCACAAAACUGAGUCUGAAAUAGACUUAACUGAGGAAAGAUUGCAGGCGGCUGUGCAGGAACUUGAGGCAGUUAAGUCAUCAGAAGCUUUAGCUCUAGAAAAGUUAAGAUCUCUCAUAGAGACGACAAUGCAAUCUAGAGCUUCAGCAUCUAACCAGAGUUCCACAAUCACUAUCUCAAAAUUUGAGUAUGAGUAUUUAUCUAGACGUGCAGUUGGAGCUGAAGAAAUUGCUGAUAAAAAGGUUGCUGCAGCUCAGGCAUGGAUUGAGGCUUUAAAGGCUAGUGAAAGGGAGAUAUUGAUGAAAACUGAAAUAGCUCACAAAAAUCUUAGAGAGAUGAGAGUAGAGGAGGAGCAUGGGGUAUUUAGAAAGGAGAGAUCACUUUCAGCAAAGAAAAUGAUAGAGAAAGAAUUACACAAUUGGAGACAGACUCGUGAGAAAAAUGUGGUUGCACAAAUCAGGCAAUCACCUUCCCUUAGAAGAUCCAUGAAAAGCUAUGGCAAUUUGACCCCAUCAGGAGGAGCAAAGUUCCAUAAAUCUGCAUCACCUGCAACACGUGUGGGUGGAUCAACUCCAUUUAUCAUUAAGAAGAAAAGAAAGGUGAUGCCAAAUUUAGCCAAGUUCUUUAGAGGUAAGAAAGUUGACAAAGAUGUGUAAGCUGCAGGUGAAUCUUUGUGGUUCAAAAGGAAAAUGUUGCAUACUACAAGCAUUUGAUUCUGACAGUUAUGGUGGUGUUUUCCCAAUAACUGCUUGCUUUCCAAGUUUUAUAUGGCCUUGCUUCUUUUAACAAAAACUUGAAUUUGGAAAGAGUGAUUGAGGCAUUUAGAAAUGCAAUCGUGGAUGAGUUUAUGUGAAACAGUCAUGUAAAUGAAUGCAGACUAUAUGUCUGUAGCAAAGAAUAACUGUUCAAUCCCAAGUAAUGGUUUUACAUGUUCAGGUCCCCGCUAUAAUGUUUAAUUGUUGAUGUUUAACAUGGUUGGUAUUUGCUCUGUAGCAGUGACAUGUUUACAGAUGCCAGUUUCACAGAAAUUUAAAGAUAACCAGACGAUACUCCUCCACAAAAUCAAGGUAGCAUGUGCAGUACUAUCAAUAAAAGAAGUCCUUCGGAAUAUUCUGCUUACUAC